GUCACAUAAUCUGUUUCAAGCUAAAAUAAAAUACAUUACAAGUUAAGCAAGAGUUUUAUAUCAUUAUCAGUUAAUCCUUCGUUAUAAAGAUAUAGUAGUGCAGUCAGUAUUUGUAUUUUAUUUCCGAAUUUGGCAGACGCAACUGCAACACACAGUGUGACCAAUCCAUGUUUCUCGCCCUGCGUCGCAUUUUGAUGUUCGCGCCGAAAGAUACCUAAAAUUAAAUUUAAUUCAACAAUUUAAAAUAUAGAAAUCAUACAAAAGAUGAAAAACGACGACAAGGGGAUGAUCCUUCAGCGUUUUAUUGCCAACUGUCAAAUGCUGAAAAUUGAGCAAAGCAUUUGGCAAAAAGCGACAAAAACAUUUCACAAACUAAACGCAGAUGGCGUUCUAUCCAACGAGGCCGACGAUUGGCUAUGCUGCGCCUUAUACAGUGAGCUACAGCAGACCAAAAUGAAGGACAUGCGCCAAGAAGACAACACGAGCAGGAUUGAUAACGAUCUUGAGCCAUGGGAAAAGAAAGCACGCUCUAAUAGCUGGAACAUUUCACUGACCAAAUUGCUGCGCAGCUUUAGCAUAAAUAUUAACAAGUUUCUAAAAAGAAUGGAGCACUGGAAUUGGCUGGCACAGAACUCCGAAGUGUUUCAGCAAGAAAUCAAUGAUCUGGAGAGACGUCUCGGCAUCACGCUGCUUCUCCUACAGCACUACAAACGAAUUUUCGACCAGCUCUAUGUUCAGCCAACGACGACAGAAGGUCGGGCCCAUUAUCAAAUGUUAUAUGAAUUUGGUUGGCUGUUGUUUCUAGUGGUACGCAACGAGCUGCCGUCGUUCGCAACAACCAACAUUGUCAAUGGCUGCCAGGUACUCCUUUGUGCCCUGGAACUGGUCUAUGUUAAUGCCCUUGAGGUGCACAAAUCGGAUGUAAUUAACAUGUCUUUUGAGGGAGUCCCCUCUAGGUGGAGCAGCAAUGAUUUUGACAUCGAUCUGCUACUCAAGUAUAAUGCCAUCGAUGCCAUAUGUGGACUCAUACCCGAACUGCCGGUAAAAGGGGCUCGCAUUAUGAAAAAUUCGUUCUUUCAUAAGGCUGUGAUGGGUUUGUUUAUGGAUCAACGACUGCUGGGGAACGAUCGGGUUAUGCGCGAAUUGGUAAAAGAUGGAUUCUUGGAAGUGAAUUUGGCAUCUCUGAAUCGCAGUUACGCAGUCCACGUAUCCGACAUCAGUGAAAUUGACGAACGGGUUCUAUUAAAGCACGCCACACAUUUUUCAACAGACAAGGAGCUGACGCUGCGAGAAACAAAGCAGCAAACCAUCGAAAAUGAAGCCAACCACAAGAUAAUCUCUUCGCUAACGAGCGCCACACAGCGCGACAAUCUUGCAAAACUAUUGACAGACGGACUGCCGCAAACGCUACCUGCUUACAUAGGCGGCGCUCUGGGCAAGGAGGAUGUUAGGCUCUUGGAGAAAUCGCUGCGAGAGAUGUGCCAUAAGCUUGAGCACAAAUCCGGGUUGAAUCAAGAAACAACUGAAUGCCGUUUUAACCUUGUUCGGGGCUUGUAUUAUGUACUGCUGGAUAAGAUCAUUGGUGCCGAGUUACGUCGCAGGCCAGCCAUCAAAAUCCCACAGAUGCUAAAGCAGUUGCAGCGCACCUUUAAUGCUACACUGAUUGCCUGCUGCCUUGAGCUGAUGCUGCACAUUUUCGGGUCGGAUGAGAAGCAAACGAAGUUUCCAUGGCUGUUAAAAUGCUUUGAUAUCGAUGCUUACGAGUUCCAAAAGAUAAUCGAGCUAGUUGUUCGCUAUGAAAGCGGCUUGCUGACGCGUAAUCUGAUCAAGCAUUUGCACGAGAUCGAGACCCACUGUCUGACUACACUAAUUUGGCGGAAAAAUUCUCAACUAUGGCUCCUAGUGAACAGUGCAGGCCUGCCAAGAUGCCAAGACGUGCAGUCGAGCUCGGGUCAGGAAAAUGUCAGAUCUGCACCAGGCUCAGUUACAAUUUGCCUACGUAAAUUUUACCAUUUAGCUAACCAGCGGCUGGCAUACCUUUGUAAGUGUCUUUCUUUGCUUGCCAGCUAUACACAGAUCUGGCACAUUGUGGAACACUCAAUCAUUGUGCAUGGUGAAGAGCUGCUGCAGCAGCGACACCUCGACCAGCUGCUGAUGUGCGCGAUCUACCUGUGCGGGCGCAAAUCGCAUCUGCGCAUCACCUUUAGCGACAUCAUUCAACAGUACAGACGCCAGCCGCAUGCUCACAGUUCCAUCUAUCGAGCCGUUCACUUUGCUGAUGGACUCCCUGACACGGAUAUUAUUACUUUUUAUAAUCAAGUUUAUAUUCCACGCAUGGCCGACUACGCAGUUGCGCUGCACUGUGAACAAUCCUCUAGCGAAAAGAAAACUGUUUUGGUAAAUCGGCCUCUGCAGGAACUCACUGGCAGCAGCAAUAAGCGCCUCAGGAGCAAUGUAUUCGUCUCAACGGAGGCAAUGCCACGCAUAUGCAUGGCCAAUGACUGCAAGGCCAAAAUUAUAAGUGAGACUGAGGCAACACCGAAGAAUCUGAAACGUGCACACUCCAACGACGAGCUGGGCAGACCCAUUUCCAGUAAACGACCGAAUAUACUCAGACGACGCACAACCUUUCUAUGAUACCAGGACCAGCGCAUUAUUGAGUUACGCGCCAUUUCAGCAAUUUUGCAACUUUUAUGGUAUUAUAUGAACUAUUUACGUUAAGUUAGAUGUGUUUAAUGAGUUUAUUGUGAAUGAAUUUGAAUGGCAUUAAAUAUCACAUGAAAUUAG